ACAACAUAACAUGCACUGAAUUAUAAAGAGCGGUAAUGCAUAUCUGUGUGAGUCGUAUAUAAGUCGCAUUCGGCCACCACGCAUAGUCAUCGGUCAACGGUCUUCCCCAGAAGUUCAUUUCUUCUCUUGUCUGCUUCAACUGAUUAUUUGUGCAAUAUGAAGCUGUGCACUGCCACAAUCACUGUGCUGUUGGUGGGCCUCCUGGAACCGUGCCUGUCUUUCCCACCUGCUGCAGAUGCCCCUCUUCCUCUAUACGGAGCACUCUAUGAAGGAUCUCACGAAGGGAAUGCAAAUACCUAUUCGAAAACCGAUACCGACUCUCGAGGCUUGGGAACCGCUUCAAUGCAGGCUGGACUCAGCGGCACUGGAAGGUUAGACGGAGCAGUCCUGACUGGAGGACCAGAUGGAAAUAAAGCAGGUGGAAGAUACUUCGGGGAUCUGCAAGGCCAAGGGGCGAUGAAUGCCGACACUCAGUCCUUUUCGACUCCCACGGGAUCAGUCUCCAGAACAUCCACUGAGAGUGCACUUACGGGACCCAGCGGUCGAAUGUCCGGGGGAUCGUUCUCCGGUGCUUCUUCACCACUUCAACUAACACCACUGACCUGGCGCAAAUAGAGAAGGUAUAACGGUCACAGGUAAUCAGAGCAGACAAACUGAGAUCUCUGAGAUAUGAAACCAAGGAAGGAUUUCCAACUGGGCGCAGAGGAACAGAACGAACCGAAUUUUGCCGUUAAUGGCUAUUUAUAGCUAGUUUUCAAACCAUAUUUGUAAAAGGACUUUAUCAUAAAUCUAAGAAUCAAAGACCUUGAAAUAAUGUUAAGAAUGAAGUGAAAUAUAAUUCUGAGCAUUA